UGUAAUAUUAAAUUAAAUAAACUACUCAUCAUAGCAUAUACGAGUAUAUAAAUAAACCAACUUUCUUGUUUCACUUCCAAAUAAGAUCGAGUAAACUAGACACGAUCGACGACUGUGAGAAAGCCAUCUGUUGCUAGCUAGCUUUCUUGCUCAUCGAUCAGUUGUCUCAGUUUCCUCACCUACUUAAACAAUUUCCACAAAUAACAUUUUCUAGCUAGUUUUUAAUUAAUUAGGACGACGACUACUGAUGGAUACCUUUAUUGUUGAGGAGCUGUUUGAUUUCUCUGUUGACGAAGACGGCUCUAUCAAGACGAUGGAUGACGUCGUCGUCAUGAAUCAAGACAUGAUCAGUAGUAGUAGUAGUUGUACCACCUCGACUAGUGACUACUCUUUUCAUAAUAAUACCACCGCCGACUUUACCGAUCAUUUCUUCGUCCCGAUUGAGGAUGCGGAGGAGCUGGAAUGGCUAUCGACAUUCGUGGAGGACUCAUUUACAAACUUCCCGUCAAAUAACAUCACCGGAACGAUAAACUACCAGCCGGAGAACCCCUCUUUUCACAGCAGAUCAAGAAGCAAAAGAACUCGAGCACCGUCACACAACAGCAGCAGCUGGACAUCCUCUUUACCCCAGGUACCAACGUCAGCUUCAUCAAGGGAAACAAAGUCCCAAAAUAACGUUGUUAGAAGACGUUGCACACAUUGCGCUUCUGAGAAAACACCUCAAUGGAGAACUGGUCCACUAGGCCCAAAGACAUUGUGUAACGCGUGUGGUGUAAGGUACAAGUCGGGGCGGUUGGUUCCUGAGUAUCGGCCAGCAGCCAGUCCUACUUUUGUGUUGACCCAGCAUUCUAAUUCUCACCGCAAAGUAAUGGAACUUCGUCGCCAAAAGGAAACUAUGAUGAGUAAUAAUAUUUACCACCAGCAACUUCUCUCUUCGGAACAGCAAACGUACCGCCAUCAUGGCAGCAACCAUGGUGUUUGCUAAUUGAUUAUCGACCAGAAAAAGCCUAACGGAUUGCAAAUUUGUUAUGCUUUUCAAUUUUCAUGGUUUCCUGUUUUAUUUAAUUUAUUAUGCAGAUUAAAUAAAAUUAACGAGACAAUCGGCAAUGUUAAUUUCUUUUGAUAAAAA